CAGUUUCCUCCCAGUUUACUGUUGAAUCAGUUUGUUCUUGAUUAUUUAUUUCACUAUUUACACAGUUCUGGAGUCAUGGAUAUACAGGUAUGAUACUUAUGAAAACGGUUUCAUUUCCAGUUACAAGCUGUUUCAUUAAUUCUGGUUAUAUGAAUGGAGCAUCAAGGGAAGACCAUGGCACUGAAGACUACUUUCAUGCUUCUCAUUGCACAGUUUUGCCUUGCCAUCCUUUUUUUUUCAUUAUAUAACUAUGCAAAUCGCUCAGUGUCUAGUUAUGAAUUUUCCUAUACAAGUAUACCUCAAGAACUGGCUAAUGACACGAAGAUCAUCCUUGUUUGGUCCUGGCCAUUUGGUGACACAUUUCCACUUAAUAAAUGUCCACCAUACACUAAUAUUUCUGGAUGCUUUUACACAGCUAACAGAACCUUGUAUUCUUCUGCAGAUGCAAUUGUUAUGCAUCACAGAGAUGUAUGUUAUUCCAGAAAACAGUUACCUCAGAUACCAAGACCACCAAAUCAGUAUUGGGUAUGGUUUAACUUGGAGUCUCCAUUACACAGCCCAAACUUGCAUUUUAUGGAUAAUCUCAUCAACCUCACAAUGUCUUACAGAGCUGACUCAGAUAUUUUCUCACCUUAUGGAUGGCUAGAGCCGAAUCAACGAGAAGAGAACUUCACUAUUCCAACAAAGACCAAGCUGGUAGCCUGGGCAAUCAGUAACUGGAACCCAAAUUCUAAAAGAGUACGCUAUUAUCAGGAGCUCAAGAAAUUUCUUCCUGUAGACAUAUAUGGAAGGCAGCAUUUAGUUCUCCCAAGAAACGAUCAUAUAAAAACAUUGUCCAAUUACAAGUUUUAUCUCGCCUUUGAAAACUCAGUUCAUGAAGAUUAUAUUACAAAGAAACUCUGGAAGAAUGCAUUUAAAUCUGGUUGUGUGCCAGUCGUAUUGGGUCCUUCUCGAAAAAACUAUGAGCGUUUUAUUCCGAAAGACUCUUUUCUACAUGUUGAUGACUUCUCCACGCCUGAAGAGCUUGCUAAAUAUAUCUUAAAAUUGGACAAUGAUGACAAAGCUUACCAGCAGUAUUUUACAUGGAGGUCCAGACUUCAUCCCGCUGCAGAUAUUAACUGGCAGACCCAUUACUGCAGAGUAUGUAAAGCAAUAAAAGAAGCUCCUGCACACAAAACUAUUUCAAAACUUGGAGAAUGGUACAAAUAAUUACAGGAGUAAUUUUAUACUUCUAGGGUAGUUUCCCUUAUGACAGUUUUCUGGAGUUAAAAAGCCCCAAAAUUGAGGUUUUAAACUUUUUAAAUGCCAUUCUAAAUUUUUUAGUCUCAGCUGGCAAUUUUUACCUCACCCUCGUCAACUUUCAAAAAAAGAAGCAUGGCAAGGCCGGGGUAUGGGUGGGACAGGGCCAUGGUACAUUUAUCAUUAUUUAGACCAGAAACUGGUGAAAAUAAUGACUGAAAUCUAGGGCAGCUCUGAGCUGUUGUAGAUUUUAGCCUGGAUCUCAUCAUAAAUUAGAUACCUCCUCUAGCAGGGCUUGGUCCAUCAAGACAAGCAUAGCAGAUGCCAGCCUUGAUAAAUCAGGAUAAAUUCACUUUUACACCAGGCCGUUGUAAGGCUAGCUAAAUUGAAUGUGAUGAUACCUUUUACUUUGCAAUCCACUGCAUUUAUUCUGGAGAAAAGGUAUUUUAUUAUCCAAAUGCACAGUGGCUCAGAGGUUAGCACUUGCAGUGCUGGGGUCCUGGGUUUGAAUCCGACCACGGACAACAUCUGCAUCUAGUUUGUAUGUUCUCCCUAUGUUUUUGCAUGGGUUUCCUCCGGGUA